CUUUAAUUAAGUGAGGCACAGAAGGGCACCUUAUGUUUUGACGACUGUGGGUCCUUUGGUUCCGCGAGGGGUGUGUUUACACCAUAGACCGUGAACGGUUUACACUGAUGUCACUUCAGUUUGCCAAGAGGAUCAGGUUGUGAGAGCAGCAUUCACCAUGUUUCACGGAAUACCUGUCACGGGAGGUAUGGGAGGAGCUCCUGCCAAUAAACCUGAAUUGUAUGAGGAAGUAAAAUUGUACAAGAAUGCAAGAGAACGAGAGAAAUUUGACAACAUGGCAGAGCUGUUUGCUGUGGUGAAGACACUUCAGGCCCUGGAGAAAGCUUACAUCAAAGACUGUGUGACCCCUAAUGAGUACACGGCUGCUUGCUCCAGGCUGCUGGUGCAAUACAAGGCUGCUUUCAAACAGGUCCAGGGAUCUGACGUGGGGUCUAUUGAUGACUUCUGCAGGAAGUACAGACUUGACUGCCCGCUAGCUAUGGAGAGAAUCAAGGAGGAUCGACCAAUCACCAUCAAGGAUGACAAGGGCAACCUGAAUCGCUGCAUUGCAGAUAUCGUAUCGCUCUUUAUCACUGUGAUGGACAAGCUACGUCUGGAGAUCCGGGCCAUGGAUGAGAUCCAACCAGACCUGAGAGAGCUGAUGGAGACCAUGAACAGAAUGAGCAACAUGCCCCCAGACAAUGAGGCCAAGGACAAAGUCAGCCUCUGGUUGACCACUCUCAGCAGCAUGUCAGCCUCUGAUGAGCUGGACGACUCCCAGGUUCGCCAGAUGCUGUUUGACCUGGAGUCAGCCUACAAUGCCUUCAACCGCUUCUUACACUCCUCCUAAUCUACCCACAUCAUCCAGGACUGUUGUCACCUUUCUUUUAUCAUUGUACAACCCCUUCCUCCUCUCCUCUACACGUCUCUGAAGUCAUCACCCCUGUUUGUGCUUUGUAUUAUUCCAUUGAAUAGUAUAUUUCUUUCCUCCCAUCUUUGGUACAGUAUCUGUCUGUCUUCUCCUUUGAACUCUAACCUAGACUCUUGGCAGCAUCCGGUGCGGUGGUCUUGCCUCGUGGGAUGGUCUUCCUGUUCAAUUGGAUGCCUUGUUGAGUUGUAGUUCUCCAGCCUGAGUGACGGUGUACUGUGUUAAGGCUGCUUGUAUCAGCCUGCAUUCUUGAAUCUACGUAGAACCAUGUUUACUACUGGUUUGAAAUAUCAACACAAGGCCCAGUGAGUCUGAUCCCUUUAUAAGUCACUUUAGCUGAAGACGAGACGUAAAACAUGUAAAAAAAUUAAGUGACCGGACGUGGUUUAAGACGUUUGAUUGGCUUGAUAAGGGAUGGGAAAUCUCUUGACAAGUGGUGGAAAUAACAUUUAGAAAAGAACAAACUGCAAUUUUUGGGUGAAAUCCAGUAUAUUGCUGUUCCCCAUCUGCACUCCGAGACAGUCCAAUAACUUGUGUAGAGGUUAUUACUUUAACUCCAGUUGUAACAGAUGGUUAGGUUAACUUGGUUCACAUUAGUUAUGAGUUGUAUGUAAUGCACCCUUAUUGAUGAUUAUGUUGAAACACUCUGGUUAAGGAAAUGUGGCUGUUGUCAAUGGCUUUGUUUUUCUCAUUUGAUUUGAGUAAAAUAUUAUAGUAGUACUACUACUUCAGUUAAUAUGCAUAAUUAAGCUUUUCUUUAGAUGUGAGGGUUUGGCCACAUCAGGUGGGCAAUGGAGACAGGUGGAUUCAUAGAAUUCCCUCUUCAUUUUGGGAUGCUGAUUAAAUGUGUUUCACCCCUCAAUUAUAAUUAGGGAGAGCAUAUUUAUUAAGAUGUAUCAUUGUAAAUAAUGCAACUUUGAAUUUAAAAAAGCAUGUAACAUCUUUUUUUAGAAAUAAAAAUAUAAAAAUAAAAAAUCUACCUCCAA